UUUAAUUAAUUUCAAUAUUUUAGGCUUAAAGAAAAAGCUUCUAUCAUUGUCCAAAGAGAGGGAGUGUAGCAUUGUUGUAGAAUGGAUCAAAAGCAUGACUAAUCAUCUAUACUGGGUAGCUGCCUCAUCCCCAGGAGGAAGCCCACAGCUGAUGCUCGAAAAGUGGCAUUCUCUUGGAAAUCAUCUCCAAAAUGUACAUGAAGGUCAUGGAGAAUUAUACCCAAAGUGCAGCCAUGGAAAUUUAGAGGGACGAGAGAGAAAAAAACAUUGGUUCAAAUCAAGUACAAAGGCAUGUGAAAAGGUACUGGAAAUCAUCCAUUCAAAACAGUUACAAAAAGAUGUUCCAAAAUUAUCAACAGGACACCAGACUUCAGAUCUAGAAGCUUAUCAUUCUGUUGUCAACCACUUUGCCCCUAAAAUGUACCAUUUUUCAUACCAGGGGAUGCUAAGCAGACUAAUCCUCUCUGCCUUGCAUUUUAAUGAAAAUGGCAGAAAACCCCAAGACGAAACACAGGAGGGAAAAGCUAGGUACAAAAUAACCUUUCCUAAAUUUAAGAAAGGUGGAUAUACUGUGAGAGAAGUAAAAUCACAAAGUACUUACGAAUAUGCAGAAACAAUAAUGGACACAACCUUUAAAAUUAGUGAAAAGGUAAAAAUGAAUAGUGAGAUAUGUGCCAAGAUGACUGUAGUUCCUCCUCGGCCAUUCAGUAUUGGAAAAAUCUAG